AUGUCCUGUUCCUAUGUUAAAGAGAUAUUGGAUAAGCUUACUCAGAUCUAUGGUAGAAACGUUCGAAUAAAGAAGUAUCAGAAAGUUUUCAUGUGUAUUGUAAACAAAUCCAAAUGGGCUGAUAACGACUCAGAGGAAUCUCCUGUUGAAAGAGAGACUGAUGUUGAAAGAGAGACUAAUGUUGUUACAUGCUUGAUGGCAGACGACCAAUCUAAGUUUGCUAAGGACAAGGUAUGUCCUGCUUGCCAGUUAGGCAAACAUGGAAGAUCAUCGUUCAAAAAUAAAGGGAAGUCUCAAUUCAGCCGUUGUCUAGAACUGUUACAUAUGGAUCUGUUUGGCCCAAUUCCUGUAAAGAGUCUAGGAGGAAUGAUAUUUGCUCUAAUUAUUAUUGAUGACUUUUCUCGAUUUACAUGGGUUGCAUUUUUGCCAUCAAAAGACAAAACUGUUGAUUAG